GACCUAUGAACUCUCUGAAGUGUAAAAUUAGUCUGUAGAUGUUUCCCUUUAAGCAUUUCUAUGUCCAGAAACCUCACAGUGCCUGUAAUACAAACCACCCUCCAAAAGGAAGGGCAGGCAGGUGGAGCGGGCAAGGACCCUGAAGGGGGAGGGAGAAAGGGACAAAGGGCUGCUUUGGGAGCCUCCCUAGGGCUGGCAAGAUGUUGGGGUUCAGAUGUGGCCCUCUUUUAGGUGGGUGUCUCCGCUGUCCCAGGUGAAGGCGAUGGCUGGCACCUUCACCAGCAAGCUGAGAGGACAGCAAGGCAGACAGCAGGAUGCUGCAGUAACACUACAAUAAGCCAAUAAGCAUCUUAGCUCAGGGGUCUUUUCCAUGUUCUGGAUUAUUAGGGAGAAUUUUGAUAUUGUUUAUAAAUUUUGAUGAUCAAUGCCAAGUUGCUUUCUGAAUGCUUGUACCACUCUAAAAUGUGACCAACAAUAUAGCAGAACCCUAUACAGUUUCCCCCAGGUCCUCCAGGAAUGCCUGUUCUCAUUAGAAGAACAAAUAAACCUCUUCGAGGAGUAAUUUAGGUGAAGAUAGGUAUAUUUAGCAUUGCUGUAAUUAUUACUAAUGAAUUUGGUCAUUUUUCCAAAAUGUUUACCAUAUGUAUUCAUCUUUUAUGAAUUCAUACCUUUUGCCACUUGCAUUUUGGUGAGUUUUUUUUGUUAAUUUGUACAAGCAUUACUGUAAAAUACAGAUGUUAGUACUACAAGUACUUUCCCAGUUUUAUCAUUUGCAUCACAUAUUGUUUGACUUGGACAACUUUUGACAAUGGCAAACCAUCGGAUCUUCCCCUGGGUGAUUUUUAUUGUGGCUCCGCAGCCAGGCCACUGCCCUCUGCUGAGCUGCCCAGGCUGAGGGUUCCGGGGCGCCCCUAGUGGCAGGGAUGGGAGCACAGCCUGCAAGAGAAACUGAAUCUGCCUGUGGCCAAGUGCAUUGCUCUCCCUAUCUGAUUCCCAGACCCUGGCACAUUGAGAUGGCUGGUGAGUUGGGCCCUGAGGCCUGCCCUGACAGCCCCACGGCAGUACGGGGACUGAGUGGGGCCUGGGUGUUCAGCUCUACAGGAAGGCACCUGAGGGCCAGGCAGCAGCAGCAGCAGUGUGGGAGCCCAGGGGCAUUUGCAGAACCCUCUUCUGUUCUGGCACAUUUGGUUUUUAUUGCAGCCCACGAGAUGGGUGCGGCUAGCCUUAUCUUAGAUGCUAAAGAGCAGAACCUCAGAGGGCCUUGCAGCUUCUCCCCGGGCCUGCAGUCUGUAAGUGGGGGAAGUAGGACUCAGAUUCUAUCUCCUCAUUUUCCCAUUUACCACGCCGAGCUGUCCGCUUGCCUCUUUAGGACAGGCCCAGACUCCCCCAACAGACCACCCCUGCAGGGGAGAGGGAUGUGCACCUUCUCAUGCUUUUGGGUUUGAACAAAACUUGUGAUUUUGAGCCAAAGUGUUGUAUUGGGGUAUGGAGCUCAGACAAACAUGGAGAAGCUCUCGGCUUCCCCACGUUUCUAGGCUUUGUUUUCUCAAGAACUUGAUGCUUGAACAGCUUGUUAAGUUUAUGCUUUUCUAUUUUUAGAUGAUGGAUUUGGAUGUGCUUUUAUGAAGAAAUGCCACAUGGUCCAAGAACAAACAUGUCCAGGCUACUGCCACCUUAGGGGACUAGGGCUUGGUAGCAGCGCUUCCCCGGGAAUCAGGCGUGGUCUGACCCAGGAACAAGAAGCACAUCAUCACCAAUGACAUCAUGACAGCAAGAGAGCACAGCCCUCGCCAUGGUGCCAGGGCCCGUGCGAUGCAGCGGGCUUCCACCAUCGAUGUGGCAGGCGACAUGCUGGGCCUGUCUCUGGCAGGAAAUAUACAAGAUCCAGAUGAGCCCAUUUUAGAAUUCAGCUUAGCUUGCAGUGAGCUGCAUACUCCAUCGCUAGAUCGAAAACCAAAUAGUUUUGUGGCAGUGAGUGUAACCACCCCUCCUCAGGCAUUCUGGACGAAGCACGCGCAGACGGAGAUCAUUGAGGGAACCAACAAUCCUAUAUUUCUAAGCAGUAUUGCCUUCUUUCAAGACUCUCUUAUCAAUCAGAUGACACAAAUCAAACUAUCUGUAUAUGAUGUCAAAGAUAGAUCUCAGGGAACAAUGUAUUUACUGGGCUCUGGAACAUUCAUUGUCAAAGAUCUGCUCCAGGACAGGCAUCAUAGGUUACAUUUAACACUAAGGUCUGCAGAGAGUGACCGUGUGGGUAACAUCACUGUUAUCGGCUGGCAGAUGGAGGAGAAGUCAGACCAGCGGCCCCCCGUGACCCGGUCUCUGGACACUGUCAAUGGGAGGAUGGUUCUACCCGUCGAUGAGAGCUUGACCGAGGCGUUGGGAAUCCGAUCCAAAUAUGCUUCUUUGCGAAAAGACACUUUACUGAAAUCAGUGUUUGGUGGUGCCAUCUGCCGCAUGUACCGGUUUCCAACCACUGAUGGCAACCACCUGCGGAUCCUGGAGCAGAUGGCAGAGAGCGUGCUGUCCCUGCACGUGCCCCGGCAGUUCGUGAAGCUCCUGCUGGAAGAAGAUGCAGCCAGAGUGUGUGAGCUGGAGGAGUUGGGGGAGCUGUCCCCUUGUUGGGAGAGCCUCCGGCGCCAAAUCGUCACCCAGUACCAGACCAUCAUCCUUACGUACCAAGAGAACCUGACUGACCUCCAUCAGUACAAAGGUCCCUCAUUUAAAGCAAGCAGUUUGAAAGCAGAUAAAAAGUUAGAAUUUGUUCCCACAAACUUGCACAUACAAAGGAUGAGAGUUCAAGACGAUGGAGGAUCAGAUCAGAACUAUGACGUCGUCACCAUCGGAGCGCCAGCAGCACACUGCCAAGGUUUUAAGUCAGGAGGUCUCCGCAAAAAGCUGCACAAAUUUGAAGAGACCAAGAAACAUACAUCAUCUAGCUGCCAGUCCAUAAUCUACAUACCACAGGAUGUUGUCAGAGCCAAGGAGAUCAUCGCCCAGAUCAACACCCUGAAAACCCAAGUUAGUUACUACGCAGAGCGGCUCUCAAGGGCAGCCAAGGACAGGUCUGCCACUGGCCUUGAGAGGACGCUUGCCAUCUUGGCAGAUAAGACCCGGCAGCUGGUCACUGUCUGCGACUGCAAGCUGCUGGCCAACUCCAUCCACGGGCUGAACGCUGCGCGGCCUGACUACAUUGCCUCCAAGGCCUCCCCCACGUCGACGGAGGAGGAACAGGUGAUGCUUAGAAAUGACCAGGACACCCUCAUGGCCAGGUGGACCGGGAGAAACAGCCGCUCUUCCCUGCAGGUGGACUGGCACGAGGAGGAGUGGGAGAAAGUGUGGCUGAAUGUCGACAAGAGCCUGGAGUGCAUCAUCCAGCGUGUGGACAAGCUGCUGCAGAAGGAGCGCCUGCACAGCGAGGGCUGUGAGGACGUCUUCCCCUGUGCGGGCAGCUGCACCAGCAAGAAAGGUAACAGGAACAGCCACGCCUACUGGAUCAGACCGGAGGACCCCUUCUGCGAUGCCCCUUCCUCACCAUGCCCUUCCACCAUGCCCUCCGCUGCAUGCCAUCCUCAUCUGACCACACAUUGCAGCCCCCCUCCUGAAGAGUCCAGCCCAGGGGAGUGGAGUGAGGCCCUAUACCCGCUGCUCACCACCCUCACGGACUGCGUGGCCAUGAUGAGCGACAAGGCCAAGAAGGCAAUGGUCUUCCUGCUCAUGCAGGAUAGCGCGCCCACCAUAGCCACCUACCUGAGCCUGCAGCACCGCCGCGACGUGGUCUUCUGCCAGACGCUGACUGCUCUCAUCUGUGGCUUCAUCAUCAAGCUGAGGAACUGCCUGCACGACGACGGCUUCCUGCGGCAGCUCUACACCAUCGGGCUGCUGGCCCAGUUUGAGAGCCUGCUGAGCACCUAUGGUGAGGAGCUGGCCAUGCUGGAGGACAUGAGCCUUGGAAUCAUGGACUUGAGGAACGUGACCUUCAAAGUCACUCAGGCUGCUUCUAAUGCCUCAGCGGACAUGCUGCCUGUCAUCACAGGAAAUCGCGAUGGGUUUAACGUGCGGGUCCCUCUGCCAGGCCCGCUGUUCGACGCCCUGCCCCGGGAGAUCCAGAGUGGCAUGCUGCUGCGGGUGCAGCCCGUCCUCUUCAACGUGGGCAUCAAUGAGCAGCAGACGCUGGCCGAGAGGUUUGGCGAUACGUCUUUACAAGAAGUCAUCAAUGUGGAGAGUUUGGUGCGGUUAAAUUCCUACUUUGAGCAGUUUAAGGAAGUUUUGCCUGAGGAUUGCCUACCUCGGUCGCGGAGUCAGACAUGCCUGCCAGAGCUGCUGCGGUUUCUGGGUCAGAACGUGCACGCCCGAAAGAAUAAGAACGUCGACAUCCUCUGGCAAGCCGCUGAGAUCUGCCGCCGCCUUAAUGGGGUCCGGUUCACCAGCUGCAAGAGCGCCAAGGACCGCACGGCCAUGUCGGUGACGCUGGAGCAGUGCCUGAUCCUGCAGCACGAGCACGGCAUGGCCCCGCAGGUCUUCACCCAGGCCCUGGAGUGCAUGCGCAGUGAGGGUUGUCGAAGAGAAAAUACAAUGAAGAAUGUUGGAAGUCGCAAAUAUGCGUUUAAUUCCCUGCAGCUGAAGGCUUUCCCCAAGCAUUACAGGCCUCCCGAAGGGACUUACGGAAAAGUUGAAACAUGAACACACGGUUUUUCUCUAAUUAGCUGUUACAUAAUAACUGUGGGUACCCUUUAGUGUCAUAUAUGAAUUCUUCAAGAGGACCUGAAGGAUUGGUUUUUAUUUUUGUGGUUUUUUAAAAAAUAUUUCACUAAGGAGUCUAUGGAGCAUGUUUUUUUUUUCCAUUGGAAUCAAUAGGAGGUAAUGUUUGGCUCGACAGUACGGAUAGUAAUGACUGCCCAUUUACAUAGCCUUCGGCUAUAACUGCACAGAUAUCAUUGACAGUUACUUGUAAGAAUCAAGCUAGGUUUGUCUGAAAUGCUAGAAGACUUUUUAAAUGCCUACUUAGGCAUUGCUCACCUAAUUAUUUUUCUACUGAGUAACUCAAAAGUGACCAUUGAAUUACAAUCUACUUUUUAAAAAUCUGAAUGUAAAACAGUAAAUAAUACAUUAAAUAAUUGGAUCCUAGGCAUACCAAUAAAUGUUAAAUGUUAACUCAAGUUCCAGAUUAAGAAGCUAGCACUAUCUCAUGCAGUGAGAGUAAUUGGUUCUAAUGAAUUAUCCUACCCAUACCACCACCUGUGAAGCCAGAAGUUGAAAAAAAUAUUGAUAAAUCAGCCAGAGAUAGGACUUUAUUAGAAGGUAACACCUGCAAAGCAGCCCACACAGUUGGGGCCACUCUUCUUUCUGUCCCUCUUAAGUUACAGAAAGGGUGUCUGCUUGAGACAUAAAGCCGGCAGUAAGGCCCUUGACACUGUCUCCUGUUCUCUGACACUCCAUGUCCAGCUCGCCCCACGCCCACAGGGCACAUCUCCCUUACUUCUCUGGAUGCCGAGUUACAAUCAGUUGAGGACCUCAAAUGUCUGCGUGACAUCACUCCAAUGGGGAAGUUAUGCCUGUAGAGAUAGUGGAAACCGAAAUAUUUUCAGAACAAGUAUUCUUUUGCAGGAUUUCCAGUAUAUCUUCUAAAAGACAAUACAAUCAUGUUUGAAUGUCUGAUAAAAGUGUCUUAUUUUUAGGUUUGCAGUAAUUGUUACUUUCCUAUUCUCAUUCUGUUAUGUCAGAUGACUAUUGAGAAACAGUUGAAAUUAUCUCCUGAAAUGAGAGUUUGAAAGGGAUUUAUGGGCCAUAAAACUUAGGAAUUUCAUAGAAAAUUAUGUCUUAUCAUCUUUUAUAAGAUGGUGAUGUCUUAUCUGCACAUUAGCAGAGUUUUUUUCCUUAGGAGUUUAUAUGUUUUCUCAAUUCCAUAUGAUGAUUAUGUUUACAUGUUAUUUAAAAGUCUGUAAAAGAAAUAUAUGUGGCACAUAUUAAUCAUGUUGAUCUUAAUGAUUUGUGAACCUCCUGGAAAUUCUUUAUGUUUAAAAGUCUAGACAAUAUUCUUUUAGCUCUUUUAGAAAUGCAUAACAAACUUGGGCCCAGGUGCUGAGACACAGAGAGGACCACUCAUUGGCAGGGACACAGAGUGGGUGGACAGAGCCUGCUGUCUCCCGAUGCCUGCUGGGAGGAAGAUGUGAGCUGGCGUGGAGGACGGUUAGUGGGAGAUGCACUCUCUGCCUGCCACUUAAAGCUGGGUGCACUGGAGGGUGGGAGGCAGAGAAGCUCCUGUCCACCAAACCCACUGCACGGGUGGCUGCUGCUGGUGUCAGAGCCUCCUCUUGAAGUGUCAAUGCCUAUUCAAAGACGGUUUUUAAUAUGGCUCAUGUAGCCUUUCACCUUUGCACCAUUUCAUUUUAUUUAUAAUUUUUUAGUUCCAUCUUUUCUCAUUUUAACAUCACUACUUUUUAAAAAAUUGCCUUGUUUUUUAAAGUUAAAUGUUACCCAUACUGUUUUCAGAAUUUUGUCUGAAGAACAUUAAAUAUCUGCAUUUAUCAAAGGGAAUAUAGCAUAUGUUGAGUCAUCUAUCAACAAUUUUGCAUGUGGCACCUUUAUAUGAAUUAUUUUCCCAAUUUUUGCUUUGUAUUAUGAGUCACCAGAAAGCUCUAAGCCUUGGCUAAUCAUGUAGAAAAGAUCCAGGUUUCAGUAUUCUCCCCGAAGGCAUUGUUCCUGGGCUCACGGUGGCAGCACACACUUCCGGAGCUUGCUGGGAGAGGGGCACGUUGCGCAGCCUGGGGGCAGUAGCACCUCUUCACGUAAGAGCUUUGCGUCUUCAGUCGCACAGGGAAGGCAGUUUUACAGGUUACUGUAAAAGAGAGGUCUCAUUCCUUAUAAGGCCUCCCCAUUUAAAAAGAAGUGAAAUGAGAUCUAUGGAAAACUGGGAACGUCACGUGGGUUCUGUCAGAGCUCUUGCAGCACAGUUGCCUUUAGUUUCCUUUAAAGAUGUAAAAAUAUUGUAUAAUACAGUUUUGUCCCUACACAAUUGUAUUUGCCAAGCUUAGUGCAUUAAAAUACUUUUAUUUAUUUGUUUGGGGCAGUAUUAAUAUACAUAAACAUAUAGUUACUGUUUUAUAUAUUCUUAGCUCAUUCCAAGCCAUGUAUGCUGUAAAUGUGCUAGUCUUUAGAAUGACAAAUAAUAAAUAACUGACAAGA